GGUAUAAAUAGAAGGGGUAGUUGCACCGUUGACCCAGUGUUGGGUUGACACACGGUCAGUUCAGUCACUCAAGGCAUUCACUCUCUCUUUCUCUCUCGCUUGCGCCGUUGCCGCCACCGCCUCUCGUUGACUUCUCUUCUCGUUCUCUUUUUUUCUUACUGCGCGCGUGUGAAUUGUCGAGCGUGUGCACACGUUCUCGCGAGAAUCUCCUGCUCCUCGAGUUGCUCCCCCCGUUAGUUUUACCAGGUCGAUUCGUCGACGCAAUCCUGAGCACUGCCCUUUUCAUACCUUGCGUUCACUCGAACGGUACGAUUUCUCAUCCGAAGGUGUCGGACAGCGGUGCACCUCGUCUCCUAAUGCAUUGUCGAGGGGAUUCUGCUCACGAAUAAGGAGAACGACGACGAAGAAGAAAAGAAAAAAAAGCGUUUGCACAUCGUGUUCAAGUGUUACGUCCCUCGCGCAAGGGCGUACUCCUCCAGUUCCGUCUCGCUUCUGUCAUCGACGCGGGCCGCUCAAGACCUCGGACACACCGUCAAGGCACCGUGGCAACUAAUGUGCAACGAGAAUCAGGCCUUAGUAGCAGUCAGUCCUCUGCAAGAAAGUGAAUUCUUCCUGACUUAAAUCUUUCGCGCUUACCCAUUUGGGCGUCGAUUCCGCAGCGUCGCGGCGCACCAAGUCGGACUUCGAGCUGAUCAGCAGUGAUCAACGAAGUCAAGAGAUCUUCCUCGAGUUCGCCGUCCGACGUAAGGAUGUCAGACGCGCAGGGAAUCGCACAGGGAACGGGCAACCCUUACAAGAUCGUUGACCACACCAGGGAGCGGAGGAAGGGCAUCACCGCCUCGUCGCUUAAGGAGCUGACUAAUGUCGCACGUAGUCGUCUGGCGUUCCCCGUGGACGCGGAUCUGACAAUCGUGCUCGAGCAGGAUGGGACAGAGGUAGAUGAUGAGGAGUAUUUCGCCACGUUGGAAAGAAAUACAAGCUUGAUGGUGCUGCAUGGCGACCAGAAAUGGGUCGCUGUAGGAAGCAAGAGAGCGUCCCGUUAUAUCGUCGUGGACGACGUGGACAACGUAGAGGGUAGUUCAAGAACCGAUAAGAUCCGGCAACGAACGCUCAUAGAACCCUUGGUGUCGUCGCUGCAUGGUGAUCCAUCGCAUAUUUCGCUGCUCGGACCCCACGACUUGGAAUUGCUCAGCGAUAUGGAUCCGGAUAGUUUAGCCGAUAUAGUGUCUGACAAACUCUUCCUCGAGCAGCUGAAGGAAGCAUCUGGCAGAUUCCUGGUGGACAGGCGACAAGUGCAAGAAUCUAUGAUUCUUCUUCAGAUGUUUGCAAGCGGUGAGUUGGAGCGAGCGUAGGCCAUGUGGGGGGUGGGCGCCCUCACAUUGGCUAACAUGUAUAGAGUGCGACGUCGCAUAUCCUACAAAGGUCGACAGCUACAUCAAACUCUGAUCCUAUUCUGGAAUUGAGCCCAUCUCUGAUCUUAAUUUACACAAUAAUAGAGUUAAACUCUCUACCGAAAAAACGAGCAUGAAAGUUGCUACAUUAACAACAAUACAUACACGUAUCAGUGACGAAGAUCCCGUAUUUUUUCUCGCGCGGAGAACAAACGUAAAAGACAAACGCAGUGACAGAGACAUUGUACAGAGACAUGAAACGUGAAUAAUGCGUUUAUUACACACUUGACAGAUUUAGGUACUGUGUAAUAAUGUAUAGUUUCGUCUUAUACAUAUUAUAUAUAUAUAUAUGCAUAGAGGAAGUAGUAUAGUUUUAAGUUUUUGUAGAAUUUUUUUAAUCUAUAUACACUAUAUUCUGUGGCACAACUAUGCUUUGGCAAUACUUUACAUUUUUAGUGAGCGUAUGGAAUUGCUUUGAUACAACAUAAGAACUUGCUAUGUAACGACAGGAUUAUACAUACGCGAUUUAGCUACUAACUUGUCUGAAUAUACACAAGGAAGCUGCAUAAAUAGCAGUCUCACAGUGAAUAUUCCGUCGCGAUAUUGUCAUAUCAAGUAUUAGCGAAACGUGUUUUGUUUAUGAGAUUUUUGUACUUAGAUACGUCAUACCGAGAUUUAGUUCAACGAAGAUCGAUGGAAAUAUUUAAGACUGAAUUUAUAGGGAAAAUAAAAGCCAUCCCCAUUAAAAUCACCAACUCAUUAUACACUAACGUUAGUGACGUAAUAGCAAGAAAAAAAGUCGAUAUCAGCCCUUUGAUACCAAGCAAAGUUGUGCAUUUGAUAAAAAACGAAACCCGCAGAAAAGAAAGAAAAUAGACAGGUAUUUCUGACAAGAUUAUGCAUACACAUGUGUAACUAGGUACUAAAUAACUCCAGCUUUACGAUUGCAACAAGCAAUGUCGUAUUUAUAUCUAUGUGAUCCUCGAAAGUUGCAAAACCAAGUAAUAUACACACACAUACACACACACACA